AUGACCUUCAAGCGCCUCUUCGACAACGAUGUCUGCAAACGAUACACCUCAGAAGCUAUCCAUCGUUUUGCUCUAGCUUUCCAGGCUCAAUUCCCUAGCAAGUCGCAUAUCACUAUUGCGGAACUUGCGAAGUACUGCGGUCAGUGUCGUGGAAGGCCGGACAUUGCUGUCAGAGAGUUUUCUGACUGGUUACAGCGUGGCGCGGAGAAGUUCUCAUGUCCUGUUGACUACGCUAACCUGGUAGAUACGGAGGGUGUCUAUAACGUCCCCGAGCCCUUCGAUGAGGGGCUUUUACAGGUCAGCGCACAUUAUCUUAUUGAUCCUAUUGCGGCCGUAGCAUCAGGUAUCGAUGUAGCUGACGAGGUACAAGGAGAUGACCGAAAGUCAGGAUUCUGGAACCCUUUCAAAGCCAUCAAUACUUUGCUUUUAGACACUGGGGACUACACUGACAUUGUCCGAUUAAUACCAGAGGUACGGCACGCCGACACUGAAACAUGUCAUAUCGGAGAGCCCUUCCCAGACCCCCUCGCGUUCAGUUUAACAUUCGACCCUCUAGAUCCAUCGCCUAACGGUCGGCACGCGCAAAUCUCCGAAGGCUGCAUCGGCCCUGGUCUCGCGACGCCACCACUGGGAUACUCGUCAGCACUUUACCCCUCACCAAUAUACGACUUGUUUCCAGAGUACGAAGACAGCGAAUUUUCGUCAAACGAGUCGGCCUGGGGUGAAGCGCACCAUAAUCAGGCUAGUCCCGUUCGUUCGGUGGCCUCAGUCAAGUUCUCGGAGCCAGGGAAAUUGGCGCUAGCAUCGCCUCGCCCUAUCGCUACAGACUCGGUUGCGUCUGAACACGAGCGCUAUGAUUCUGCUGUCGAAGACUCUGAUUGUGAGACAUUCGACACUGCUGAAGAGUAG